UCUCUAUUGGCCGUGAAAUCAUUCACUCCCCUCUGCGCAAUCUUGGAGACAUGCCAGAAAAGGCUGAUCACGAUCGCUCGAAAUCCACAACUUCAACCCCAUCAUCCUCACACACAUGGCGCUUGCAACCCGGGGUAUAUACCCCGCAAGAAAUCGUCAGAGCACUAGCACCUCUCAUCAACUCUGUAAUUACUCGCCUAGGCCCAGAUCCUCCUGAUGCACCUAUUUCCGCGCGACAAAUACUUAUUGAUGGCGUUCUUUCAUCUCUAUCCAUCGACACCCCACAAGCUACCAUGCCCAUAUCUCCCGCCGUGACCGAUCUAUCUCGGCGAGAAAUGGCAUCGCAGGCCGUCCGCAUUGGCGAGACAUUAAUCCGAUGGGCGUACGAAGAACCAGUUCAGGAGACGACCAUUACACUCCGUAGUCGAUGCGAUGGACACGUCUGGACACCAGCAGCGGCCUCAUUACUCCGAGGCUCUCGCAGCGACAACCUGCAAAUGCAACUCUACAACGAAUGGCAGAACCAGUUGAUUCUAUUACGCGAUGCGCUGCUCCCUUUCGUCAAUUUUGAGGAUGUCCAACUUGUCAUUCGCCCCCAUUCUGACGAUGAUGGUAGUCGUGGACUACGCAGUUUUGAGCUCCUGCGCGAACGCUUUAUGCUGCAGUGUCUGACGAAAAUAAUUGAGCAGACCACUAUAGUUGAUGUGGCGAAGGCCUUUACAGCCCCAGAUUUGCCAUCUGGUGGGUUUGCCAUUCAAUAUUCCGAGGGGCUUAUUCUACCUGCCUAUUUGUCCGGAUGUGCCUCGCUGCAUUUGCUGCAGUAUCAUCCUGCGCGAAUUGACGACGGAGCCGUGGAUUUAUUAUUCGUCUAUGAAUAUGACGAUUAUUACAGUGCUCCGCGGACUGAAAUCGGGGAUUCGCUGGGUCUGAUCCCUGCUGGGGUUUGGCCGCCAGCACUCCAUUCCUCAAGGCAGCUAGCAUCGCAACGCUCCGCGAUCCCUUCCUCUCUCAUCUCUUUACCUGCCCCCUCCGACCCAUGUCUUCGUUACCUCAAACUAGAACUUGAACUGGAUAGUUUCAUCUCCGUCUCCAUUGAUCUCGGGCAGAUAACACGCGGUCGACGAUAUGCCUAUCACGUACAUAAUCAGGCUGAAGAAGCGGUUGUGAGUAAUCCAGCAUCGUCAUCUACGUCUACAGGGCUCUCCAAACCAAGCUUCUUGCACAAUGCAGCAGAUGUGCUGAAACAACCGCAUUUGGUAUCGAGUACCAAGGAUGGGUGGCAUGUCAUCUCCGCCACAGACCCGAUUAUUCGUCUGGCUCUGCUAGGCAAGCUGUAUCCGGAAAAUGUCAUUACGCUCAGUGAGAAACAACCGGCUCGUAGUGCUGAGGCGAUAGGGAAGGGAUACGGUCCUCGCUUUAUUAUAUAUGGUGGAGAUUGGGAGAGUGUGAGCUGACUUGACCAUGUAUCUGUUGAUAAUAGCAAAGGAAUGAACCGAGUUGAUACGUAGGCAUUACUUAGUAAUAGAUUG